CAGUAGCAGACGUCAAGUGAUGAAAGGACUGACUCAGGGAGGUAUAAAAUGUGCCGGCGCUGGCUGUACUGUGCAUUUUGGCAGAACUGGUGGCCCAUUGCAGCCAGAGGUUCCGCUACCUACAGAAGCGAUACUCCCAGUCAGAUUUUUGUGGUUGGGUAAACUUGAUUCGUCUUUAGACAUCAUCCACAGCGACAGCCCAACAAUCGACAUCGUUAGAGCAGCCGACAGCUGGUUGUCGCUGGCAUUGCUGUCAACAGAUCUCCCAAACUGAAAAUGGAUCUGCAAGCAUGUGCGGUAGUUUUGCUCUACAUGAUUAGCAUUUUGGCUGCCCUUAUUGGUGCAUUAUACCUGUAUACAUCAUGGAAUCAUUCCAUUUUUAACAAGAUGGGUAUACCAGGCCCUAGCACUACAUUAAUGGGUGCCUUCACUGAUUACAAAGAAAAGGGAAUCAUUGAGACUGAUCUAAAGCUAGUUGCAGAGUUUGGACGACUUGUUGGAAUUUUUCAUGCAAGGGAACCUGUUCUUCUGAUCUCUGAUCCUGAUAUGAUCAAACAGAUUUGUGUAAAGGAAUUCAGCAACUUCACAAAUCGAAAAAACAAUGGCUGGCCAGGGCGGGUUCUGUCUCAUGCUGUGUCUGCUUUGGAAGACGACCACUGGAAGCAUGCUCGUAGUGUUCUCAGUCCAACUUUCAGCUCGGGUAAAAUGCGAAAUAUUGUCCCUUUGAUACAACACUGCCUUGAUCAUUUGUUGGAAGCUGUCAAAAAACAAGGAGAGAAUGGAAAAUCUAUUGAAGUACGCAAGAUAGUGGAGUGCUUCACUAUGGAUACUAUUGCCAUGACACAAUUUGGUAUGGAUGUUGAUCCCCAUAAUAACCCCGAGGCUGGAUUUGUAAAGAAUGCAAAGACUGCUAUGAGCUAUGUUACAAGUCCUAUUCUUAUGCUGUGUGCUCUUUUUCCUUUCAUGUACUACUUUUUCCGUCUGUUUAAUAUUUCCCCAAUGAACAAUGGCUCUCAGGCUUUCUUCUAUAUGGCAGUCAGCUCUGCCAUCAAGGAACGAACAAAGGAAAACAAGAAGCGGACAGAUCUUCUACAGUUGAUGCUGGAUGCUCACAAAGAGAAUCCAGUCUGGGAAGAUGACCUAGACCCUGACUCAAAAUUGGAGUACAAUGUGUUCAAGGGCAAGGGUUUUACAGAGGAGGAGAUUCUGGCCAAUUCCCUGGUCUUCAUGCUGGCAGGAUAUGACACCACUUCUUCACUCUUGACAUUUGCCUGUCAUUCUUUGGCUGUGCACCCUGCAUGUCAGAGUCGCCUUCGAGAGGAGAUAUCAUCUAAUCUUGGGCAGGCAAAACCAACCUAUGACAAUGUUUUUGGACUCAAGUACCUGGACUGUGUUGUAAAUGAGACUCUACGCAUGUAUCCACCAGCUGCUAGAUUCAGCCGCAUGGCCACGGAGGCAAUCACCAUUAAAGGCGUAACCAUUCCAGCUGGAAUGUCUGUCCACUUUCCGCUCUAUGCCAUUCACCAUGACCCUGAGUUUUGGACAGACCCUGAAACCUUUAACCCUGAUAGAUUUGACAGAGAGACCCGCACCUGGCCUGCCUAUGCCUUUGUGCCAUUUGGAGCAGGUCCACGAAACUGUGUAGGCAUGCGUCUUGCCUUGUUAGAGGCCAAGAUGGCCCUUGUAGCCCUGAUCCAGCAUUUUAAUAUCGAAGCUGCACCUGACACUGAGGUGAAGCCCAAGUUGGAGAAAGGAGGAUUUAUCAGACCUUUGAACCCCCUGUACUUAAAAUUUGUUGCUCGUGAGUAACCAAGAGGAGACACUUUGAACACCAGAAGGGGAGAGUUGAACUUUUCAAAACAGUCAUUCUUGAUAUCACUAUUUGCUUUUCUCAGUAAAAAUUUUGCUAACAGAUCUGGUGCAUAAAACUUUUUUCUUACUUGUAAUAGUAAUUUUUGUGAAACAAAUAUUUUUCAUGACAUGAUUUUUAUAAAAUGUAUAUGGUACAACUUUUAUAAAACAUAAACUUUUGACGAGAAUAUAGUUUUUAUUAAACAUGAACUAAAUUGUUUACAC